CUGCACUCCGGAGAGGGGUGGUCACUACUUUAUAUCUUUACUAUUUACAUGAAUCUCUUUCCCUGGCGGAAUUGAUGAGGUGAUAACAGACAGUUCCCUUGUAGAGAUUUCUCUAUAUAGAGCUGGGUCUCAAGGAGGGGAGGAUUCUCUGGACAGUUACCCUCCCAUGGCUCUGGCAGAUGGUGAGGGCCUGUGUUCAGGCAGCAGAGCUCUCAGUCUGGCUGGAGGAGUGGGAGAUAUGACAACUGACCUACGAAAAAGGAAAAAAGACACAGAGUUGGACAAUGCCACCCACCAGGAAACUGUGGACAAAGAGAAAAGCAAGAAAGAAAAGCAUCCAUCGGUCUGGUAUAAAUGGCUUAAGAGGGCAAUGAUUGUGGCGUUGCUCCUGGUCAUGCUGAUUGGAGUAAGGAUAUACAGAGAUCAUGAACUGGUAAAAAGUCAGGAGGCAGCUCUGCGGGUGCUAGGUACUGAAGGUCUCUUUCUUUUCUCUUCUCUGGAUGUUGACAAAGACAUGUCCAUAAGCCCUGAAGAGUUUAAGCCUAUCGCUGAAAAACUCACCGGGAUUACCCCAGCAUCCGACUAUGAAGAGGUGGAGGACCUGGAUCCCAAUGGUGAAACUCUGUCAAUAGCUGCUCGUUUCCAGCCUCUGGUCAUGGAAACUAUGACCAAGAGCAAAGAUGGGUUUUUAGGAAUUGCCAACAGUGCAUUAUCAGGAUUGAGAAACUGGACUGUGCCGGUGACACCGAACACCGUGUUUUUUGCCAAGCAAUUCAAGGCUUUCCUCCCACCAAGAAACAAAGUUGAUCUGGGAGAUCCUUGGUGGAUUAUUCCAAGUGAGUUAAAUAUCUUCACCGGCUAUUUACCAAACAACAGAUAUUAUCCUCCUCCUUACAAAGGAAAAGAAAUUAUUAUCCAUAAACUUUUGUCAAUGUUUCAUCCUCGUCCAUUUAUAAAAACCAGGUUUGCAGCACAGGGUUCGGUGGCCUGUAUCCGAGCCAUCAGUGACUUCUACUAUGAUGUUGUGUUCAGGAUCCAUGCUGAGUUCCAGCUUAACGAACCUCCCAAUUUCCCCUUCUGGUUUUCUCCUGGUCAGUUCACUGGUCAUAUAGUCAUCUCAAAAGAUGCUUCUCAUGUGCGAUACUUCAAGCUGUAUGUCCCUAAUAACCGGACUCUGAAUGUUGACAUGGAAUGGUUGUAUGGAGCAAGUGAGAGCAGUAAUAUGGAGGUCGACAUUGGCUAUCUGCCUCAGAUGGAAUUGGAAUCAUUGGGGCCGUCCAUCCCCUCUUUGAUUUACGAUGAGAAUGGAGACCUCAUCGAUAGCCAAAAUACUGGAGGAGAACCCGUAGAAUUUGUAUUUGAAGAUAUAAACUGGCAGGAUGAGAUAAGUUGGGAUGAAGCUGCCAAGAAACUAGAGGUCAUUAUGUACCCAUUUAAGAAGGUGUCAUAUCUUCCUUUCACGGAAGCUUUUGACAGGGCAUUUGCUGAAAAUAAACUUGUGCACUCUGUCUUACUGUGGGGUGCCUUGGACGAUCAGUCCUGCUGAGGUUCGGGGCGAACUCUCCGAGAAACCGUCUUGGAGAGUUUGCCCGUUCUUGCUUUGCUCAACCAGAGCUUCAUCAGCAGUUGGUCGUUGGUGAAAGAACUGGAAGACCUGCAAAACAACAGAGAAAAUGAAUCAUAUGCAACUUUUGCUUCUCUCCACCUGGAGAAAUAUAACUUCCCGGUGGAGAUGAUGAUCUGUCUCGCGAAUGGAACUGUAGUCCAUCAUAUUAAUGCUAAUUACUUUCUAGAUAUCACUUCUGUCAAGCCAGAGGAAGUGGAUUCCAGCGUGUUUAGCUUUUCUGAUGGUCUGGAGGAUAUAUCUAGUUCCACGUAUAUAAAAUUUCUGAGAGAAGGGUUGGAGAAAGCAAAGCCGUUAAUGAAUUCCUAGUUGUACAUUACAAAUACAGACCCUCCAACAUGACCAUCCCCACUAGGUACAAAAUGCUCUGUU